UUCGCUUCUCUUCGAAUAUUCGGAGCCCCAACUCAUCUCUCUCUUCACGCAUUUUUCGUUCUCAAAAAGAAAGUUCUCUCCUUUUAUAAAAACCCGUCUCCUCCUUCUCCUCUCUCUCUUCUACAAACCAACCUUAAGGUUCUUUACACAUUCGAAGGUUUAGCUAGCGAAUAAUUAAAAUAGUGAGAAAGUAAUGGGUUUUUCGAGAGCAAAACGUGUCACCGAUCCACUCGCCGACGAGGUUAGGGCCCGUCUCGUCGGAUGCAGUUUCAGCAGCGGCAGCGAGCAUACCGGAUACGGAAUCGAAGACGACGACGAUGAUUCCCCAUGUCUUUCUGAUCUGGUCCAGGGCUUCUUGGAAGACGAAGUUGAGACUGUUAAAGACGAGCCACGCUGGUGCGAUCACGACUCGGGAUCCGACUCAGAUUCUGACUCGGAACGAGUCGAGCUCCCUGAUUUCGCCGACGAUAUAGCGAAACAUCUGAGGAACUCUCUCAGGGAAGAUUCCUACGGAAGAACGGUGUUGCUCCACGUGGCGAGAGCGAUGGAAAUGCUGUCGUCUCCGGGAUCUGAUCACGAACAUCGUGCCGUUUUGCGACGUAAGCUCAUGUCUCUUCUUAGAGAGCUCGGACACAAUGCGGCCAUCUGCAAAACCAAGUGGAAAUCCUCCGGCGGUCUUACCGCCGGUAACCACGAAUUUAUCGACGUCGUGCACUCACCCGCCGCCGCCACGUCAUCUCAGACCGUCCGUUACAUCGUCGAUUUUGAUUUCGCGUCGCAUUUCAAGAUCGCAAGACCGACGGCACAGUACGCGCGUGUGCUUCAGUCGCUUCCGGCGAUUUUCGUCGGGCGAGGGGAAGAUCUGAAAAGGAUCCUGCGGCUCGUGUGCGACGCGGCGAGGAUGUCGCUUAAGAGUCGUGAUCUCACGCUUCCGCCGUGGAGAAAAAACCGUUAUAUGCAGACUCGGUGGCUUGGUCCUUACAAACGCUCCGUCAAUUUAACGCCGUCAUCUCCCGCCGUUAACACCGUCAUGUGUCGUUCCAUCGGUUUUGAUAACGCCGUCGGUGGCCGUCUAUUUGUGCGGACUCGAUAAAUUUUAAAGGAUAAACACGUGUCGCUUUUUAACUUGAAAUUUUCCUAGAGAAUAAUAAUUCAUUAUUUAGAAAUUCUCGUAUGGAGUUAUUAAAAAAAACAAAAAAUAUAUAAAAGACAAA